AUGUCAGCAAACAAGGCUAGUUUGGAAAGGAUUUAUAAACAGUUGGACACCAAUGGUGACAAUGUCCUCGAUGUGAAUGAGCUAUCUGUUGCCUUUGCCAAGGCAGGCCAGAAGCCAACAUUGUCCGAGGUCUAUGCCAUGAUCUCAUUGGUCGAUACUACAGGAAAAGGAACAGUUGGAUUUGAUGACUUUUGUACUAUGGUCGAGAAGGUACAUAGAGGUGAGCUUCCAGCAUCAACUGGAAUUCCAUCAUUGAUUAAGGGUGCUUGGGAGGAUUAUAUCGUCAGUGUCAACAAGCCUGUCGAGAAGAACAUUCCAACUAAAGUGUCAAAGAAGGGCAAGGGUGAGGCACAUGCCGAGGCACCACAAGGCGAGAAGUAUAAGAUUGGUGGAAAGACUCAAAAGGCCACAUACAAGAACCUCCCUGGCAAGAGAUCACUUACUGAUCUUCCAUAA